CCCUUCGGCUCAUUUCAAGGUCCAUAAAAAACACCGACCCCUUUCUAUAGCCUAAUCAAGCUAGUAAUACCCAUCUUUCUUUCCAUCCCUCUAAAGAGAUUCGAAACAUGUCCCACACCUUUGCUUUUCCAAGUAUUCCUACACCAUGUACAAAUAAAUGCCACCUAUUGAUUCUUCAUUCUCACUUUCCUCCAUUUCAUUCCUAUUCAGAGCACACGCACCUCUUGGUUCCUCUAUCCUUCCCAUUGCUCAUGUUUCCAGAGUUAGAGAAACCUCGAGUCACCGAGAUACAGGUCCGGAUGGACUGUAAUGGGUGUGUUCAAAAGAUAAAGAAAGCACUACAUGGCAUUAAUGGUAUAUAUGAUCUCAACAUUGACUUCCCUCAGCAGAAAUUAACAGUAAUAGGGUGGGCAGAUCCAGAAAGAAUUGUGAAAGCCAUUAAGAAGACAAGGAAAAUUGCUACUAUUUGCUCUCACACAAUACCAACAGAGCCCCCUGCUCCACCAACAGAACAAGCACCUCAGAAGGGUGGUGUACCAGCCCCUGAUGCACCGACCCCUCCAGAAGCUCCACCAGCCGAAGUAGCAGAGCCACCAAAAGACCCACCAGCACCCCCUGAAAAUCCACCAGCACCCCCUGAAAAUCCACCACCACCGCCUGAAAAUCCACCACCACCACCACCACCACCUAUGGUUCCAGACAAUAACACAAGCCAGCCAACGUACAAACCCUCUGGACCCAAAGAUGCUGGAGAGGUUCAUGUGAUUUACCACCAUCCACCUGACUACGGCUACAGAUAUAAUUACAGUCACGGAUAUGGUGGGCAUUGGCACAAGUACCAAAAUGGCCAAGGAUUGCAACAAGAGCCCCCUCAACCCGUGUACGUUACACAUAGCUAUAACACAUACAAUCCAUCACCAUAUGUCACUGAAUAUGAGUACGUCGGCUCACCACCACGACACAUAAAUUACAGUAGGAUGGACAGCUACGCUGAAGACUACCACAAUGGCAAUAAUGGCCAUGGAAAUAUCGCAUCAAUGUUUAGUGAUGAAAAUCCAAAUGCUUGUAGCAUAAUGUAGAAGGGAUGAAAACCUGUAUGAAAGGGGAGUUCUUUUCCUCCCAGGGAGAUUCGGAAGAAAGUUAAUGGGGAACUGUUAGAAAAAUAAUAAAAUACAAUGGAACAGUAAUAUUUUUUCUAAUAAGCAUGUGAAAAUUUUGAGGAAAGAAUUAGAUUCUAAGCUUUUGUGUGAAGAAGUAUUAUUCCUGGAUUCCAUUUCUGAGAGGCUAGCAAGUACUGCCCGGUAUUCAUUUCUUCUCAGCGAAUCCGAUAAAGUUCAUAUAUUCCGGAA